UAACUAAUUGCAUUUGGACGGAUUAAACUUUUACAAUUUGUAUUUUCAUUUGUGGACUGACACAUCUCCAUUGCACAGUUAUGCUUGAGGACAUGUUCCUAGUGCUAAUAAUUUUUCGUUUGCUGAUAGCUGUUUGCUUUGCGCCACUCGAUCGCAGUACUUGCAAAAAACGUUACGCUGUCGAUUGCUUAUCACAAAAACUAAAAUGGUUUCAUAACCCAAAGGUUAACCUUUGCCAGCCCAAAUUGACUUGUCGAAACGGAUUUCGAUAUCGAACCGACUGCUUACGCAAUUGCAUUACCGUGCCAAAAAAGAAACAAGAGGCAGCUAAAAUUCUUGAUAUGAUAUUCAAAAUAAUGAAUAAAUAUAGGCAAGGUGUAACAAAGAAAAAGUCGACACCGAAACCUUCAAAGCCAGCCACUGCGACAAUAAAGCCUUUGCCAACUUCUUCAAUGGUUACAUCGCCCAUGGAUCAUUCAGAUCUGGAAACUACGACAUCAUAUCCGCAGGAACCUAAUGUAGACGAUUCUUUUGAAAGACGUUAUGGCACUACAACCACAACUACAAGAGGACAACCGAAAAUCAAAACGCUUAGUAGUACCGCUAAAAAGAAAAAUACUGGUAAAGUUGUCUUAGGGACAGUGAAAAAGGGUAUAGUCCCUAAAGUUGUUGAAUGGGGUAAAGGAUAAUUACGGAACACGAAACAACAACUACAUUAUGAGACAGAGGGAGCAAAAAAUGUCACCCAACAACAACAAAUGACCGCAACUACUUAGCAACAUUAUACACUUCCGUGCCAGCAUCAGGAUCUGAAAACCCCACCCAAAACGUAAUUAUUGUUGCGGUAAAUGCCACACCCCACACCCACACCCACACCCCCACCAGCGACCUGCUCAACCGCAGAGCAGGCUUUUUAAUGUUUCUAUACACCCAAAAAAUAAAGUUUUCCGACUAUUUAAUACCCCAAACUGAAAUCUA